CUAUUUUUCUAAUUGAUCUCAAAACCUGAACACGAUCGAAUUUCAUCUACAGAAGAAGAAGAAGCGUGAGAGCGAUAAUGCCAGGCGAUAAAAAAGUGGGGGUGGCCAUGGACUUCUCAGAGAGCAGCAAGAAUGCUCUCCAUUGGGCUAUUGAAAAUUUGGCUGAUGACGGUGAUACGUUGUAUAUCAUCCACAUCAACACCCAUGAUCCUCAUGACAAAUCUCACAGUAAACUCUGGGCAAAAUCUGGUUCCCCUCUUAUUCCUUUGAGUGAGUUCAGAGAGCCCGAGAUUUUGAAGAAGUAUGAUGUUAAAACCGAUAUCGAUGUGCUAGACAUGCUCGACACUGCUUCCAGGCAGAAAGAGGUGAAAGUUGUGACUAAGAUUUACUGGGGAGACGCCAGAGAAAGGCUACUUGAAGCUAUUGAAGACCUGAAACUCGACUCUAUUGUUAUGGGAAGCAGAGGACUUGGUACUGUUAAAAGGAUUCUGUUGGGGAGUGUGAGUAACUUCGUGAUGACACAUGCACCUUGCCCUGUCACCGUCGUCAAAGCAUCUCGGCUUCAGUAAUCACUGGUGGCCCUUGUUACAGUAAUCUGAUUAUCCCGACUAGUGCUGGAAUUUCAAGAUAUGUUUUCUGGAUUCCAGCUUUCAUGUAUUGAACAUGUUCAAAGUUUAUUUAGAACCAAAAAAUGGAGGAAUAUUUUUCAGAAGAAUGGAUUCUGUAUUCGGCUACACAACCUCCUAAAUAAAGUAUAAUUUUUUUUCUAAUUAA